CAGCUUCUGAUAAAUGUCUAUUGAUCAUCUCCACACAAUGCUACAUCCCAAAUUGGGGCACUCAAACUCUUCUGACUACUUCAAUAGUGUAAGAGGCCCAGUUGUGUUCUGAUUUAAUUUCCUGCAUUUUUAGUUUGUUAUUUAAAGAAGGGAUAUUUUCUGUGAGUCAGCAUGAAGCCAGCAGUGGCUCUGCUGGGUCUCGUCCUCCUGCUGGACGCCACCUUUGCUGCGGAAGAGACCUGUGUUGGUCGCUGUGGAAUCUUCAACCCGCAGUCAAAAUGUCAGUGUGACUCCAUGUGUGUGUACUAUGGAAGCUGCUGUGCAGACUUUGAUGAUAUGUGCCCUAAAAAAGUUGCUCGUGGCGAUACUUUCGGGGAAACAGAUGAAGUAACAGAAGCAGCGACGAUGACUAUGAUCGAGAGCACACCAACAACUCUACCCCCAACUUUCAACACAUUAGCAGAAACUGCCUAUCCCCAGCCCACCACCACACAACUGCCCCAGACCACACAAGGGCCUGCUCCACCUGUAGACCCUGAUGCAGCGGUCUGCAGCGGUCGAUCUUUUGAUGCUUUUCUGCAGCUGAAGAAUGGGUCGAUAUAUGCAUUUAGAGGUGAAUAUUUCUUCGAGUUGGAUGAUAAGUCCGUUCUACCUGGUUACCCAAAACUCAUUGAGGAUGUGUGGGGGUUAUCAGGACCAAUAGAUGCUGCAUUCACACGCAUCAACUGCCAGGGAAAAUCCUACAUCUUCAAGGGGAACCAAUACUGGAGGUUUGACGGAGAUGUCUUGGAUGAGGACUAUCCUCGGGACAUUUCAGUCGGCUUUGAUGGAAUACCAGAUGACGUUGAUGCUGCGUUUGCAAUAUCAGCACCGAGUCAUCGUGGCAAAGAGAAAAGCUAUUUUUUCAAAGGGGACAAGUAUUUCCAGUAUGAGUUCAAGAACCAGCCUUCCCAUGAGGAGUGUGUCAAGAUGAGCAUGUCCUCUCUCGUGCUGUUUUCACGAUACACUGACCUCUUCUGCGAUCAAACAUGGGAAGAUUUCUUCACAGAGCUCUUUGGAAGCUCCGUCGGCAGUCCUCAUACAGGCCCUCGUUUCACCAGCAGGGACUGGCAGGGCAUCAGGGCCCCUGUAGAUGCUGCCAUGGUGGGACGAGUCUACAUCAGUCCCAUGCCUACAUCUCCACCAGCAAGGACACGCAGCAGCAGGGGGAGGAGGCCCAGCAAGAAGCGUGCACAGCGAAGAAGGCAGAGUCGCCAAGCGUUGUUUGAUGAUAUAUGGGGAUUGGAUGAUUUGUUUGACUACAGCGACCUCAGCGACAUCUUUGAUGAAACAACCACACAGGAAUACAAAAGCAACCCUGCUCAAAAUGUGUAUUUUUUCAAGAGAGAUAAAUACUACAGAGUGGAUCUGCAGACAAAACGUGUGGACUCUGCCAGCCCUCCUUAUCCACGAUCCAUUGCGAAAUACUGGCUGGGCUGCAAGAGCGAAGAGACACCUGAUGCAUCGAAAGCAGAGAAGAGAUAGACCAACUAAGUCAAUGAGGAGAAUUCACUCUGUGUUUUAAACACACCUUAGUGACAAAGUCUUGAUUACAGUAAUUAUAAUAUGAAUAAUAGCUUGUGUUUUUUUGGUUCUUAAAGCAAGUUAGUGUUAAAUGUGAUGUCUCACAUUUAACAUGUUUAAGCGACUAGGCUGAAACUCUGCAGGAUUUAAUAAACUUGAGAUUCCAGUUA